CCGGGGACCGGAGCCACGUUAGUUCUGAGAAACAGGCUGUAUGAGACUUUUGUUCUUUUCUGACAGUUUAUUCUAUGUGUAGCCUACUUACAUGAAUCGUGUCGUUACAUAUUUACAUUAACUGCCUUUAACAUAGUCAAACACAUGCUGAACAGGAGCUAGUUUAGCUUGUAUUAGCUGUCACGCCAUCAUCAUCAGAGACAUCCUGCAGCGGACAGGUCGGUCUUACAUGAGGUUGCUGUUUGUCCACUAAAGAAAUGGCCAGUCCUAAUGAUCUACAGUUCCAAGAGUUUGAGGAGGCAGCAGAGCUGUUGUCUGCAGACCCGGGGGCGUCCACACUCGGUAUAUCUGCCUCAAACACCGUCACCACAGCAGCAGGAGGAGGAGGAGGAACAGGAGGAGGAGAAGAUGUGAAAUUAGACCUUUCAGAAGAUGAGGAGGGUCAGGAGGAGAGCUCAGAGCUCUUAGGAGGACAGAAACCAACUGGAGGCUUCUGGACCUUUGAGUACUAUCAGUCAUUCUUCAAUGUGGACACAAUGCAGGUUCUGGACAGAGUGAAAGGCUCAGUAAUGCCGUUACCUGGAAGAAACUUCAUCAAACACCACCUCAGGAGUAAUCCAGAUCUGUACGGUCCAUUCUGGAUCUGUGUGACUCUCGUAUUCUCCGUAGCGAUCAGUGGGAAUCUAUCCACAUUCCUCAGUGAGAUGGGAAACCCUUCAUACCACUACAGACCACAGUUCCACAGAGUAACGAUAGCUGCUGUAGUGAUCUUCAUGUACGCCUGGUUGGUGCCGAUUGGUUUGUGGGGUUUCCUGACGUGGCGGCAAGGGACUGAGAGGCAGAUUGGAGGCUACUCCUUCCUGGAGACCGUGUGCGUCUAUGGCUACUCCCUCUUUAUCUACAUCCCCACCUCGGUUUUGUGGAUCAUCCCAUUUGAGUGGCUGCGCUGGACACUGAUCCUGAUCGCCAUGGUGAUAUCCGGCUCAGUCCUGGUCCUCACCUUUUGGCCCGUUGUCCGUGACGACACCAAGGUGAUGGCAAUCGCUACAGUUGUGACCAUAGUGGUUUUGCACACGCUGCUGGCCAUCGGCUGCAAGAUGUACUUCUUCCAGACAGCAGUACAUGUCCCAACGCCGACCUCUACAACCCCACCAAUUCACAUAACAUUAACCACCAAAUCCCACUGACCAAUAAGAAGCAGGAGUGGCGUUAGGUGUCUUGUGUCACCUGGAAUCACAUGCAGAUAUAAAAAUCAUGAACAGACACGACCGAUUGAGGCAAUGUUUAUUAUUGCCGUCGUGUGAUGUGUUCUGUGCUACCCUGAUGGAAGUAUUGAGAUGGGUGUGUGAGUGUGUGAGUGUGUGUGUGUAUGUGUAUGUGGUCGUCCGUCUAUCUAAUUUAUCCCGAGGUUGGUUCUACUGUGACUGAAGUAGCACGUGUUCACUGCAAUAACUGUAGAUUUCGACUGUGAUGUUUUCAGGAUGUGGUGCAUCUCAGCGGUCUGGCACGGCUCCCUCAAUGCUGUGAUUCCCCCUCGGUUCAUCAGCAAGAUUCAAACACAAGCUGAAAAACAGAAAGGGUUAACAAAGAUUCAUCAAGUCACAAUAUGAAACCCAUGUUGUUGAUAAUUAUUACUUUGUGUGAGAUAUUAGAUGAGCAACCAAGAAAAUGACAAAGCCCCUUGUGUGCAUGAUCUUGCUCCUCAUACGUCUUCCACCAUACUGACUUAAUUAGAUUCUUUUUCAUUAAUUUUCAUUGGAUUAAUCUGAUCACUUUCAUUUAAAAAAAAUAUGAAUCAGAAUUGUGUGGAAUUUCAUUAAGAUUGUUAACGAUUUUUCAGACAACAGACAUUUUGACUUUCCAGUAAAGCACCUGGGAAACUAAUAACAUUAACGAUAGCUCUGUUCUAUUGAAAUGUCCCUGUAAACCAUGUCUGUACACACUUAGUCUAAUCAGGUUUCAGUUUGUAGUGUUCACACUGGGAAAGUGACAAAACACAGGAUACUGUAAUCAGAAUGUAUAUAUGCAUACUAAAAAACCUUGAGUGUACUGUUGAUGUACACUACUCUCCCACAAGGGUCAAAUUACUUUGUACACCACACAUAUUUCAUUAUUACCUGCAUAUAAAACAGCAAACUAUGUUGAUUUCCUGUAAACUAACUGCAAAAAACAGUAUACUUUAAAUAUAUAUAUGGUAUAUACUAUAGAUAGUCAGUAUGUAGUAUAGAAUAGUACAGCUGGUAUGACUGGGAUUCUGUAAUUCAACCAUCCAUCGUGUUAUUAAUCUGUGAUUCACUGUUGCUAUGAAACGUUGUGCAGAACCUCAUGCUCAACGUUUUGUGAUUAUCUCAACUAUUGUCAAGCAUAAUCCUCAAACUAACAGCACUCAUAUUUGAGGGCCAUAAACUUAACAUUUAACAGGUGCUUUCUCUCUCAUCAGCUUUCAGCAGCUGUUAACAGAUCUUAUGGUUCAAAACACUGAACCUUGAAUGUAUCCCUAUGAAGCCGCUCACUUCAGCCACAUAUGUGGGUGAGGAAGCCGUUCCAGACUGUAGCAGAAGGUGAUGAAUGUGUUCAUUCGGUAUAAAACUGCAAAACUCUUGCUGAUGCACCACAUCACUUCUCCUACCUGUAAGAAUCAUGA